CUCCAAUGUUUGUUGCAUAGGUAUGCGACAAGAGUACAUGGACCCAGGAGCAGGUUACGUGAACGCAACCAAUGCCACAGGCCAGCCUUUCUUUGCUCACCACAUGCCCCACCAGUUUAUGCAUCAACCCUCCCCUCCUGGAAUGUCAUACAUGCACCCAGGAGGAUUACGCCAUCCAGGCCUGCAACACCCGGUGUUUAUACAACAACACCCGCAUCAAGGACCCAUGAUGGUCCCUUUAGGCCAGAUACCUCCUGGUCAUUAUCCAGAUAACGCCAUCUAUUACGGUAGGUUGAAGUACCAUUUACAACAUGAGCGGCCGUGUCAGGGGCGUAGGAAUGGGGGGGGGGGGCACGCCCCCAGAUAUUUUCAAAGGACCAAUUGUGUCCUUUUGUACAAGCUAAUGUUGUGUGAUGAAAAGUACUCUUUUUGUUCAAGCUAAUGUUGUGUGAUGAAAAGUACCCUUUUUGUACAAGCUAAUGUUGUGUGAUGAAAAGUACCCUUUUUGUACAAGCUAAUGUUGUGUGAUGAAAAGUACCCUUUUUGUACAAGCUAAUGUUGUGUGAUGAAAAGUACCCUUUUUGUACAAGCUAAUGUUGUGUGAUGAAAAGUACCCUUUUUGUACAAGCUAAUGUUGUGUGAUGAAAAGUACCCUUUUUGUACAAGCUAAUGUUGUGUGAUGAAAAGUAUCCUUUUUGUACAAGCUAAUGUUGUGUGAUGAAAAGUACCCUUUUUGUACAAGCUAAUGUUGUGUGAUGAAAAGUACCCUUUUUGUACAAGCUAAUGUUGCUGUAUAAAUACAACAUUAACAUCGAAAGUGUCUUUUUGCUUCCCGAACACAUUUACCUAUGCCCUUUUGCACAAGCUAGUUCUGUUGUAAAUACUAAUCUGCCGUCAUGUAAGUAAAUCCAAUGCAUAGAUUAGGAAAUGAAUAGAUGACUCACUCCUUUGAUGUUUUUGACGCCGCCGGCACCCACGCAUGUUCUUGCCAGAGUAAUGGCGGCCUAGCAAGAACGAUAAUAAAAUGUAUUGUGAAAUUGACAUCCGUGCCACUAGAUCCUGUAUUUUUCCGCUUUCGGGGGUUUUAAUGGAUAAAUAAAUCAGAAUUAUAAAAAUACAAGAUUUAGUAGCACCGGUGUCAAUUUCACAAUGCAUUUCACUACAGUUACUUGCUAGGCCGCCAUUACUCUGGCAAGAACAUGCGUUGGUGCCGGCAGCGUCAAAAACAUCAAAGGAUUGAGCCAUCUAUUCAUUUCCUAAUCUAUGUCCAAUGAUAGAAAUUUAUAGGAAAUUUCGAUGGUCAAAAACGUUGAUCGUAUGUUGCGAAAUUUGGGCAAAUGUAUUAUAUUAAGCGUGAAAUAGGAUAUAAUUGGAACAUUUUUUCCUCUUUCUGCCAGCCGCGGCCACUCCCUCCCCGUUGCCAACAUUUCCGGGGAAAAUGUUUUAGGUGCCCUUUUCAUAAUCCAAAAGUGCCUCUCAAAGUCAGUGCCCCCCCUCCAAGCCAGUGCCACCCAAUCUUUUGAUGCUUCCUGCGCCCCUUGGCCGUGUUGUGUCGGAUGUGCAAACUCGAGCCGAAGGCGAGUGACUUGUAAAACGUCUUGAUGAGAACAUCCGUAUUCUUGAACAAUUUAAAAUAAAUUAAUGAUAUUGGGCAUUUUGGUGAGAAAAUUGAACUUGGAGUGUAUGUAAAAAGCAUGAUUUUGAAUCAGAUAUACAAACUCCUUCACGGUCAUGAUUUAUUUUCGUUUGUGUUUUCUCAUGAAUUAUCAGUAAUGCUUUCGCAAUAAGGUUUAUAAAUAUUUCCGUAAUCAGUCUCACUUAAGUUCUUAACUAGGCUAAAUUGAAUAAUGAUAAGACAAAAGACUGGAAAAAUUUCCUUAGGCCAAAAAAGAAAUAUGUUGGUUUCCGGUUUCCCGACCCUACCUAGCUUUUGGACGCCGAAAUCACGACCCUAAACUUUUUUAUUGCAUCAUACUUGUAAGUGUUUCCACUUAAAGGAAAACGUUUGUGAAAAAUGGAAAUUUGAGGCAAUAUUAGGAAAAUUUAUCUUUGAAUGUGGAAGCACUGACUAAAAUAUGGCGUCCGGUUGUUAGGAAAAUUAAAAAAAAAAAAGUUAAAACCGACCUACCGUACCUAAGUUUUUACAAGAAAAAAUAGGAAACCCACAUAUUUUUUUGGCCUUAAUUAUUCCUCUUUGUAAACCUAACCUGAGGCAGUAGUGAAAUAUUCAGCUGUCUUUGAAAAUUGAAAUGAAUAAUGGUCUCACGUGAACAUGACAUGAUAUUUCUGUCCGCAGGUCAUGCGAUGCCAGCAAUGAUACAAAGUCCUCCCCAGAUCACCUCGCCCUCUCUACAACAAUCACAGUUCAACUUCCCUCCUCCAACUAUGCCUCAAUCUGUGACCCCAGUGCGUCCUGUGACACAACCCCCCAAUGUUAUGUCACAACAGCCAUCUCCCCCCGUAUUAUACGUGAGGAACAAUGAAAUGCAACCGACGCAAAUAAUGACCAGUAAGUAGGAAUUCAUUGUUUAUAUGAACGGUCUCUCAGAUAAAAGCAUCAAUGGACCUAUUACCUAAUGAACAAAAUUUUCAUCUCAACAAGUCUAGACAAAAAUUUCACCAGAGCUUGAAAGAGCAUCGCAAAAUUAGUAACAUUCCAAAGUUUCUUGCGAAAUGUUGUAAAAUGCGGAUAAUAUAAUCCUGCGAAGUUUGCCGUUUUUUGAUACCGCUUUCUGAAAAAAGUUAUCAAUGCAAAUUGAUAUCGCUUUCUGAAAAAAGGUAUCAAUUUCCCGUGCGUAAUACAAAAUGACUGAAAAACGGCAAACUUUCAAUGUGCUCUUUCUUACUACCUUUGUGUUGAUUAUCACAAUAUUUUGGGACUGGUACCCAGGCUCUGAAAGUAGGAAAUUGUCAGCCAAUAUGUAGGAUGUCAUUUUGGUGGGUUUGCAAAACUUGUUUCUGUUCCUCUAGAUAGACCUCCGCCACCUCAGUCAUUUCAAGGAAACUGAAUUGCUUUUCUUUCACAAAGUAAGUUCCGAUAUAAUUCACUGCUUGAACCUAAACGCUUUUUAGUUAAACCGCUUAAAAGUUUUUAAAACUAAACUACUUUCAGUUUGGUCGAGAAGAUUACUUCAUGAGAAGUUUCCUCCCACGUAAGAAUUUGUGAGAAGUUUCUCAAUAAAGAAUACAUUACUCUUACUCCACAUUUGUUUCGGUCAGGAAACGGUUAAAGAGAUGAAAUAAACAAUUACUCAUUACUAGUAAGAGUGGAAGUCCUAUAUAGCACUCUACAAUAAGCGGCCGUGGUUUUUGUAAGAACCAAAGGUUAGAAAGCGUAGUUCACGCAUUAAAAGCCUUUUUAUUUGUUUUCUUCAAACAGGAAAACUUUCUCCCUUUGAGCAACUUCAGAACUGUUGAGACGUAUUGUUGCAAUCUUGUUCACUUCCGCCAUUUUGGAUGGCAAAAUAAAAAAAAUAGUUAAUUAAAAGCAAACAUGGCUUGAAAACAAGACUGUGGCAAUGAUUAUUGCUUUUGUUGAAGAGUUAUAAUGCUUCACAGUUGCGUGGUACACGUAGUUGGUUGAAUAAAAGAUUUUUGCCACUCAAAAUGACGGAAUGUUUUUAUAAUACGUUGUAUUGCAAGACCUGAAUCCAAACACAAGACUAUUAAGUACCAGAUAAAACAUUAUCUCACUGUAACGACUUUGUGAAACCACGAACGGCCAGGAAGUGGUUAAGGAGAUCAACUUUAAUUGCACAUUAACAGUGGAACGAUAGUACUUCGUGAAAGCCUGCAAUUUAACACUAGUUUCGUUUUAUUUCAGCGCGCAUAUGAACAGAACGUUUGUGGUAGAGAAAAGAUAAGAACUCCUUCAAGAUGUUCCUGCAAGAGGAAGUGCAAAGAAAAUGAACAUAAAAAUGCCGUGAAAACGGAAAAUAAAUGUUGUUUUCAAACGUGUUGAGUUUGUUUUUGAGAAGGAAAUACUGAGCAUGCUGUACUAAUCGAGUAGAUAUUGGGG